GAGCUGGGGCCUCGCGCAGGCGUCAGAGCCGAGCAGCGCACGCCGGAAAUUAGCGCGCAGGCGCCGAGGCGUCGGGAAGACGAACUGGCAGUGUAGUCCAGGUCCUCCAUGGCUGAGGCGUCACGGUGGCACCGAGGCGGUGAGGGAUGCUUCUAAGGAGUAGGAGGGACAGGGGCGAUAUGGCAAUUCCAGACACCCUGGAAGGAACUCUGCGGCCCCAAAUUCAUGGACUUCGAAACAUAAGCUGCAUUACAGAAACGAAGUAGAAAUUAGAACCACACUUCAGGAGUUGUUACUCUACUUUAUUUUUUUAAUAAACCUAUGUAUAUUGACUUUUGGGAUGGUAAACCCACAUAUGUAUUACUUAAACAAAGUUAUGUCAUCUCUAUUUUUGGACACUUCUGUGCCUGGUGAAGAAAGAACCAACUUUAAGUCUAUUCGCAGCAUAACUGAGUUUUGGAAGUUUAUGGAAGGACCCCUUUUGGAAGGUCUGUACUGGGAUUCAUGGUACAAUAACCAGCAGCUGUAUAAUUUGAAGAACAGCAGUCGCAUCUACUAUGAGAACAUACUUCUAGGAGUCCCCAGAGUUCGUCAACUAAAAGUCCGCAACAACACAUGCAAAGUCUAUUCAUCUUUUCAGUCUUCGAUAAGCGAAUGUUAUGGCAAAUACACUUCUGCAAAUGAAGACCUCUCUAAUUUUGGCCUUACAAGUAAUAGUGAAUGGAGGUACUCUACUUCUAAUACCAACUCCCCUUGGCACUGGGGAUUUCUUGGUGUUUACCGAAAUGGGGGAUAUAUUUUCACUUUAUCAAAAUCAAAAUCUGAAACCAAAAACAAGUUCAUUGACCUUCGACUGAACAACUGGAUCACAAGAGGGACCAGAGUUAUUUUUAUUGAUUUUUCCUUAUAUAAUGCUAAUGUAAAUCUGUUUUGUAUUAUCAGAUUGGUGGCAGAAUUCUCCGCAACUGGAGGAAUAAUUACUUCAUGGCAGUUUUACUCUGUGAAGCUCCUCAGAUAUGUUAGCUACUAUGAUUAUUUUAUUGCUUCCUGUGAAAUCACAUUUUGUAUUUUCCUUUUUGUAUUCACAACACAAGAAGUCAAAAAAAUAAAAGAAUUUAAGUCUAACUAUUUCAAAAGUAUUUGGAACUGGCUAGAACUGCUCCUUUUGCUGUUAUGUUUUGUGGCUGUUUCCUUCAACAUAUACUGUAAUAUACAAAUUUUUCUCUUACUUGGACAGCUGUUGAAAAGUACUGAAAAAUAUUCAGAUUUCUAUUUUCUUGCAUAUUGGCACAUUUAUUACAACAAUAUAAUUGCUAUUACCAUCUUUUUUGCAUGGAUAAAGAUAUUCAAAUUUAUAAGCUUCAAUAAGACAAUGUCUCAACUGUCAUCAACCUUGUCACGUUGUAUUAAAGACAUAGUAGGAUUUGCCGUCAUGUUUUUUAUAAUAUUCUUUGCUUAUGCCCAGUUAGGAUUUCUUGUUUUUGGAUCACAAGUUGAUGAUUUUUCCACUUUUCAGAAUUCCAUAUUUGCACAGUUUCGAAUUGUUCUUGGAGAUUUUAAUUUUGCUGGUAUUCAGCAAGCCAAUCAUAUCUUGGGACCCAUUUACUUUAUCACUUUCAUCUUUUUUGUGUUCUUUGUCCUGCUGAAUAUGUUCUUGGCAAUUAUUAAUGAUACCUAUUCUGAAGUGAAAGCUGAUUAUUCAAUAGGCAGAAGGCCGGAUUUUGAACUUGGUAAAAUGAUUAAACAGAGUUACAAAAAUGUUCUUGAGAAACUCAGACUGAAGAAAGCUCAAAAAGAUGAAGACAAGAAAACUACCAAAGACAGCAGAGAUUUGGCUGAACAAGCCAGAAGAGAAGGCUUUGACGAAAAUGAGAUUCAAAAGGCAGAACAGAUGAAAAAAUGGAAAGAGAGGCUUGAGAAAAAGUAUUAUUCUGAGGAAAUUCAAGAUGACUACCAGCCUGUCACUCAACAAGAAUUUCAAGAGCUUUUUUUAUAUGCUGUGGAGCUGGAGAAGGAAUUACACUAUAUCAAUUUGAAACUAAAUCAAGUGAUGAGAAAGCUUUCAGCUCUAUAAUACUGAGACAAGUGGAGUGGCACCACAAGUACAAAAUGAGAUUCUCUGAGUGCCUGACAAAAUGAAUUUAAGUACCAGCCAAGUACACACGAUGAUAAGCUUCAAGGAAUACAACUGACUUUAUGAUAUGAAUUUGCAAGGAACAUAUUUUAUAUGGAUUUUGAAGAAUCUUGUUUGCUUAUAAGAACUUCAAGAAGCCUAAGCUUGGCUUUAAUUUUCUUGUACUCCCUGUAUUCCUCCAGCACUGGAACACGAUCCUCUUUCUGGGCAUUCCUAUAGGAGAAAAUAAAAUCUAUAAUGUUCUAGAGA